UCCCUCCACACCACCAUUGUGGAUCUGUGUGGGUGCACUUCCCCACAAAGUGCAUAUGUCAUGCUGUCCCAUGUCCAGACUUUGGAAGGCAUAGCCAUCCUUUGCCCUUUUACUUUGAGGUCAAUCUUUCACGGCCUGCCCUCAGACCUGUGCAAGAAAUUCAAAUGGUUGGAUGAGUUGGCUGCUAAGACAGCUAAGAGGUUUCCCUGCUGA